CACGCAAACGUGUGUGUGUAUGUGUGUGUGUGUGUACAUCAUUGGGAUAUUGAUAUAUACACUGAUGUGUGUGUGUUUGUGUGCUUGUCAUAUAUGUGUACUUGUGUACUUGUAUACAACUGGGAAAUAGUGUAGGAUACAAAUGUAAUUCAAUCAUUUGAAAGCUACAUAUGCUUGGAUAUAUAAAGUAAACAUGAAUUAGGAGAAACCAUAUAGGAUUUAUAUCAUCUAAAACAUUUUCACUGAAUAAUCAAAUAUUGAUUUUGAUUAGAUUAAAUUUAUUAAUUAGACAUUCAUUAAUAAGUUCCUUCAAUAAAAACACAACAAACAAAAUGGAGAAUGGAGAAGAUGAAGAUGAAGAUGAUCUUUCUGAAGUAUCAUUUUAUCAAUCACAAUUACAUACAGUACAAUUAAGAAAUAAAUUAGUCAAUCAACAAUCAGGUAGUCGUGCACCAACAAUGACUAUAGAUGUUGUACGUGUUGGUAGACCAUUAAAAAUUUUAGCUUUAUUAUUAUCAUUAAUUAGUAUAUUAUUAUUUAUUGUUGGCUCAGUCAGUACAUCAUGGAUUCAUAUUCAUUUUAAAUCAAUUGGUUUAUUUCAACAAUGUGAUAGUCUAUUAAAACAAUUCAAUCACAAUCUCAAUCCCAAUCCCAAUCCCAAUCCCGAUCCCAAUCAUAAUAAUAAUGAUAAAUUAAUCAUGAAUACAGAUAAUAAUGAAUUAAAUGAGAUUGAAAAAAUUUGUCAAUUUCGUGAUUUCCUAAAUGUUAAAGUACUUAUCAUUAUUAUCUUAGAUUUGAUUGCUUUGAUCUUAGCAACAAUUGGAAGUUCUUUACUAUUAAGUGGAAUAUUCUCAUUGAAUAUAAAACGUAAACGUACAUUUUAUCAUAUAUCCAUUGUAUUGCAUAUACUGUCAUGUAUCACAAUAUUAUCAGCAUUAAUUAUCUUAGUGAUUGAAUGUAUGAAUGAAGCAAAUCAGAAUUCAUCAUCUACAUCAUCAUCAUUAGAGAAUCAAUCAACUAUUACAGUUGGUUGGUCAUUGAUUAUUGUUUGUUGUGGAAUAUUUAUACUUGGUAUAUCAGUUUGUCUUGUUUUAUUUGAUAGAGGUGGUGAAGAAAUUGAAUAUCGUGAAACAAUUCAUCGAUCAUCAAAUUAUAUAGGAGAUUCAUAAAGAGAUAGAAAGACAGAAAAAAAAAAAAGAGAGUAGUAACCAAGA